UCCUUCAGUGUACGCGCGUAGCUACAUUCGGCUGGACCCUAGCUCGAUUCCUCUCCGUGGCUCGUGUUUCCAAUCUCAAUUUCGCUCCAGGAUCGUUCUGUAAAUAAAGCAUCUUCGAUCAAACCCCUUAGUAUCAUUCUGCCCGUCGUUUUCACGAUUUCUCAUUUUCUCAUUUUCGAAAAUGUUCGCAUUCGAGUCGAAAUUUUCCUUUCGAAAAAUUCGAAAACCGGGAGAAAUGAGACUUUUCCGGGAGAGAGGCACGGUUUAAAGUUUCUUUUUUAAAAAAAAUUACUCGUCGUAUUGAGAUAUAUUAUUUCGUGACACGGUGUACGAGGGGAUGGACGAGGAGGGAAUUUUACGAAAGUGCGAAAUUCGGGAGGAUAGAUAACGCAUCGGCGAGGAUAGAUCGAGAAACGUGAUUCAUUAAUGUCCAUGUCGUCGUACAGUGUCGUUGUGACGUUAUCGUUGAAUCGGCCGGUCGUUCUCACGAACUUUCCAACUUGCUUUUGACGUGGAAACUCCGCCACGUUGUUGUUCAGCGUUGGACGUCGAUCUCACGUUUUCCCAAGGUUCGAUGAUUAUCGAAAACUUUGUUUUGUUUGAUAGAGUGCGAUAGAGGAGAAGGUGUAAAAAAAAAAAAGAAAAUAAAUUUGGCAAGAGACUGUAAAAAGUUUAUAUUUGGAAGAGGAUCAUCCUCGUUUGGCGGAUAGGAACGUGGGAAGUGACAGUAUUAUUAUCGUGUGAGUGAUCGAGCGAGCAAUGCACUUUGUCGCGAAAUUUCACGACUUGGGACCCAUCAUCGUUGGUUCUCCUAACGUGGAACGUUGACAAGCUGGUUGGACAAGAGAGGCGAGUGAAGCCACGAUGGAACUGUUCCAACACGAGAGGAGGGAAAGAUUGGAGGAAGAACGUGUUUGAACUGAAGAAUCAGGACAUGCUCGGCAGGGGAGGCAGGUGAUGCGGCGGAACAACGGUUGGCUGGCCGUACUGGCCGUUUCAUUGGUCCUGUCAAUUCUGCGGAACAGUUUGGCGGGCGAGCGUCAUCCGCUCGAUUAUGGUAACGCCGAGCUGCCAGUUAACCGCAGCAACACCGCGCAUAAACCGUCCUCGCGAAACCAGAACCCCCUGUCCCCUCGAAUCCCGCCCUCAUCCCACGCGACCCAAAUUCCAAGAUCGACUCGACAAAAAGGCGUCGUCCUCUCGUCGAAAGAAGAGACGAGACCGAUCCCCUACCCUCCACCCUCCGACAACCUCGUCCAGACAGAUCGUCCCGAUGUGGAUCCCGUCUACGAUCCAUCGAUCCCCGAAUACGAGCCGUAUCGACGAGACUCGAACCAACGUAACAAUCCUCGACGAACAAUCGAGACGAGGCUUGGAGAAACGAGCAACCUCCGCCCGAAUAUUCCGGAACAUCAGCCGCGUUUAUCCUCCUGGAUACCUCGUGCCGUGAUAAAGGGUAGAUCCAGGAGGAUCAACCCCGCGAAACUCGGCCAAGACCCGGCGAGGGGUCGUAAAACGAGCACGACGUCUCCGCCACCUGUGACGAUCCGAGGAGGGGGGGCGGUAGUUUUGGACGAGGAGGCAUCGUAUUACGGUCACGUCGUCCCGCUUCCAAGCGAUGACGAAUCGUUGACGAGUUCUGGAGCGCAGAGGAAUUCCCCUCCAGAUCUCGAGAUAGAGAGGAACGGGGUGAAGACCGUAAGCGGGCAAAGGGAUAUUAUUACCUCUUCGAGUAAGAUCGUCCGGAAACGAUACUUAACGGGAUACUCGUUGUUUUCUAUCUCGGUCGGUCGACGAGCGAAUACGAGGAAGAAAUUAACACUCGAGCCGAGGAGGAGAUUGAAAAACAGACGAGGCGCAAGAUCGAUCCACGAUAGGAACAAGAGGGUGAGAAGGUCGAUUAAUAAUUUAAGGAGAAGAGGAGAUGAAGAGGAGUCGAGGAUAAAUCUGGGGGAUACUUGGUACUUCUCGAGACACGGGGAUGGAGAAACGCGAAACGACGGAUUCGAUGAGGAGUAUCGCGGUUCCUCGAGGAUGGAAGAUCAAGGAGGAAUCUCUGGUGGAUCUAUGGGGAUUGUGCGUCGAUACGGGAGUACGCAUCGGUUAAAUGGAACCUCGAAACGGAUAUUGGGCGUAGAUAACAAUCGGGAGGACGAUGGUGCUCGUUCCAUCGAUCCAUUAGCGCGAAGCGAGAGAAAUAUCGUAUCGGUCGAUGAUGGUUUCGAGUCAUCGGGCGGGGAGGAAAAUUCAUGGAACGUUACUCUUUAUGGGGCGAGCAACGGUGUGGAUAAUAUGGAGGAAGAAUUGAAGUUCGAUUUCUCUCGAGACAAUGUUACGGACGGUUUGUUGGAUGAUCGCCGGGUGUUUUCGUCGAGUGUUGUAACAGAUGUUGCUUCGAAGCCGGAUAACGAAUCCUAUUUCGUGAGACGAGACGCCGGUGAUUCUAACGUCGAUGGAUCGAAAGAAUCGAGCUUAAAUUCUUCGAGAUCGAAGGACGAAGCAUUAUCCACGAGUAUUAUUAAAAGUAUCGGUGCGAGUUCUAGGUUGGAAGACUCGAGUGCGUGGAACUCUUCGAAAUUGGAUAACGAAUCCUAUUCCACGAGUCGAAACAUUGGUAGAAAUUUUAAAGUUGAUGGAUUAAAGGAGCGCAAGAGUGUAAGAAACGUUUCAAAAUUGGACGAUGGAUCGUCCGUUGUUGGUGAAGAUUCGGUUGAUGGAUCGACCAUAGUUCCAAACGAAAAUUAUCCCUUCUUAACAUCUAACGAUUCGAUGAGCCGUGAUACGAAUUCAACAACGAAGGAAAUAAAAGUAGAUAGAUCAAGCGCGCCGGAUAAAAAUCGUUCGAUAACGAAUGAAUCCGACUCGAUAAGGUACAACGCGAGUUUAAACGAACGGACGAAAUUACAAGAAUCGAAUACACAGCGUGGAAACGACACGAGUGAAUGGAACAACGAAUUUCGUUGGACGAGCGACGAUGAUACAAUUACAGAUUCAAUCAACGGGACAAAAUUACGGGAUUUAAAUGGGAAUUAUUCCCAAUUAAUGGAGAAUAAAUUUCGAUCGGAAUCGAGACAGAAGAUAAUUACAGAUUUAAUUAACGAUACUCCAAAUAAAAGUUAUUUACACAUUACGCCAUACGAUAAAUCACGUUUCAUCGUUCAAGAUGCGAACAGAAUAUCAAACUCGUCGAAAGUAUUCACCGCGUUCAAUUUUUCCGAUACGAUCCACGUUUCGAACGAUAAACGAUCCACGUCGAAUCUGCCCGAUAAAACAACCCGCGUAAACGAUACUACGAAAUUUACUUCGUAUUCGUCGCCGACGAUAAUCGAUUCGAACGAAGUCCCGAAAUUGAACGACUCGUCGAAAGGAGGCGAGGAGUUGGAGGCGUCUAAAACAAUUAAUUCGCAGCAAGAUUCGAAGCUUGGAAACUCAAAUAACGGGCCCGCCUCUAACGGGAGCCGCAAUAAGAGCAAGGAUCGAAUGGAUGGGACGGAGUUAGGGACUUGGUGGGCGGGGAUUGACGGGAGAAGCGGAGAAGCCUCCAUUAAAGCUGUGUCGCAAGAAACGUCUAUGCUAAGUAGCGUGACAAAGGGGUCUAAGAACGCCUUGGAGAAUUCCGUUCGUGGCUCGGUUGCGGCGCCGCGGAAUCCCGCGUAUCUAAAACACGAUACGAACAGUCUAGCCGAGGGCGGCUUCGCCUUCGAGAGCACUGGCCUCUCCGAAUUCGAGGCGAACAAUCCCAACGAUCCAAUGUUCGUCCAAUCGACGAUCGUCGAUGAGGGGAGAAAAUUGGUGGAAAAUUCUGACGCACUGCCCGAACGAGUAUCUAUUAACCACCCGAAGAUGGGAUCGAAGCGAUCCUUCCCACUUGAAGACGACGUAUCGUCGAACAUUGUCAUUUCUCGAAAAGACAAAGACUCGAGAAAGGAAAUUAAGGGCGGAGAGGAGGUUUCUGUCGCGAAAGAAACUCGCCAAUCCUCGAGUUUGAAUGGAUACAGCGAGGCGAAAAAUUUCCAAGGAUCGCUCAACGACUUUCUAAUUGUUUCUGAGAGAGAAGAGUCCGAGAAGGGAUUGAUCGGGUUGAAUCGAGGGAAUAUCGAGGAAAAUUUCCAAGAAAUUAGAAAGGAAUCGAUCCCUCCCUCCAACGAAGAGGUAAUCACGAUUGAUUCGUCAGAGGAUGGAAUUACCGAUCACACAGAUCCUGUUUUCUUGAACGAGCUGGCCGAUCCGAAUCGUCCCUCGAAAGGACGAAAGUCCAGAUCGUCGAAAGUUCGAGCAUCCACGAACUCGAAAUAUAAUCCAACGGGGAAAGCUGAAGAUCAAACUUCCGCGUCAACGUGGAACAAAGACAGGAUCGUUCCAAACAACGUCCCAACUCCGAGUAUCGAUUCCAUCGUGAAUGGCCGGGUAUCGUCAGUGCCGGAUAACGGGAUUCGCGAAACUCCGCAACUCCCAGAAUCCGUCUCGAAUUCCUCGUUUCGAUCCACGAUAUCAAUUUCGUCGGCGACGAAAGACGAUCAUCCUGCCUCGUUAACCGACCUCGUUACGCUGUCGCCCAUCGAGAUCGACCAAUUGCCAAGCCCAACGUUGAUCAACGAGAAGGAGAAAGAGGAGAAUAAGAAGAAGGAGGAGGAGGAGGAAGAGGAUCGAUCGUACGUUACCCCGUACGAGGGAAAUUAUCAAGAUUUCCGCGCGACAGUUGACUCGAUCUCUCGAAUGAUAACUGAUAACUCGUCACACGAGACGGAGCCCCAAUGGCCGGUCAAACACAGCGCCGUGGUGGAAGGGGAUUUAGUGUUGGGCGGUUUGAUGAUGGUGCACGAGAGGGAGGACAACGUCACCUGCGGCCCUGUGAUGCCGCAGGGCGGUGUCCAAGCCCUCGAGGCGAUGCUCUACACUUUGGACAAGUUGAACGAUCGUGGGAUCGUGCCCGGUGUCAAGAUAGGCGCCCAUAUCCUCGACGAUUGCGACAAGGACACGUACGGUCUGGAAAUGGCCGUGGAUUUCAUCAAAGGAUCGAUAAGCAAUAUAGACGGUGCCGAGGAUCAUUGCAAUAAAACUGCCGUGCGAAAAGUUAUCAGCGGAGUCGUUGGAGCAGCAAGCUCAGUCACAUCCAUCCAAGUGGCAAACCUUCUCCGACUUUUUCGAAUACCGCAGGUCUCAUUCUUCUCGACCAGUCCAGAACUUUCCAACAAACAACGAUUCGAAUAUUUCACGCGCACUAUACCGAGUGACCAUUACCAAGUGAAAGCUAUGGUGGAGAUCGUGAUGAAAAUGAAAUGGAGUUACGUGUCUAUCAUAUACGAAGAGAGCAAUUACGGAAUAAAGGCGUUCGAAGAGCUGGAAGAAUUGCUGGGCAAGAGGAACAUAUGCAUAGCUAUCAAGGAAAAAUUGGUGAAAGAUUCUGGCGUCGCGAAAGAUGCGGCUUACGACAAUAUCGUUUUGAAAUUGUUGACCAAACCGAGAGCACGAGGUUGCAUCAUAUUCGGCUCGGAUCAAGAAGUUGCCGGAGUUAUGAGAGCGGUUAAACGUUGCAAUGCGACCGGUGCGUUUUCGUGGAUUGGCAGCGACGGAUGGAGCGCCAGGGGGUUGGUUAGCGAUGGUAACGAGGCGGAGGUGGAGGGUACUCUGUCGGUUCAACCUCAGGCAAAUCCUGUCAAGGGUUUCGAAGAAUAUUUCCUCAAUUUGACGGUCGAGAACAACCGGAGGAAUCCGUGGUUCGUUGAAUUCUGGGAACAUCACUUUCAGUGUAGAUACCCGAACGCAUCCGUAACCCCGUACAACAAAAAUUACACGAAAUUCUGCAGCACGGAAAAGCGUUUGACGAAACAGAACACAGCGUUCGAGAAUCAACUCCAAUUCGUGUCCGACGCGGUGAUGGCGUUCGCCUAUGCAUUUCGAGAUAUGCACAAAGAGCUGUGCGAUGGGAAACCUGGACUGUGCGACGCGAUGAAACCUACCAAGGGUACCGAACUUUUGAAAUAUCUUCGAAAAGUGGACUUUGAAGGUCUGAGCGGCGACAAAUUCAAAUUCGACAAGAACGGUGACGGGCCGGCCCGAUACAACAUCAUACACUUCAAACAAAUCGAGCCGGGCAAAUACGAGUGGGUCCGGGUUGGCAAAUAUCUCUCGGGUGAAUUACGGUUGAAUAUGUCUGCAAUCCAAUUUAAACUUGGACAUCCCGAGCCACCCGAAAGCGUGUGCUCCCUGCCCUGCGAGGUCGGCCAGGCAAAGAAAUACGUGGCGGGCGAGCAGUGCUGCUGGCAUUGCUUCAAUUGCACUCAAUAUCAGAUACGAGAUCACAAGGACGUGACCCAAUGUAUUUCUUGUCGUCAAGGUACGGUGCCGGACGAAACGCACUCCGCUUGCCGUGAUAUCCCCGAGGAAUUCCUGCGGCCAGAAAGCGGAUGGGCAAUAGGGGCGAUGUCUUUCUCCGCUACAGGGAUUCUGAUAACUCUGUUCGUCUGUGGGGUGUUUCUGAAGCACAACGACACACCUGUGGUGCGUGCGUCUGGCCGUGAACUGUCGUACGUUCUUCUCUCCGGGAUUCUGCUCUGUUACCUCGUCACCUUCGCCCUCGUUCUCAGGCCGACGGACAUCGUAUGCGGUAUUCAAAGAUUCGCCGCUGGUUUCUGUUUCACCGUCGUCUACGCUGCCCUUCUAACGAAGACGAAUCGAAUAUCGAGGAUCUUCAACGCGAGCAAGCACAGCGCGAAGAGGCCAUCCUUCAUAUCUCCACGGUCGCAGCUGAUCAUAUGUUCCGGUUUGGUGUUCGUGCAAAUUCUGAUCAACGGAGUUUGGAUGAUAAUCGACCCGGCCAAGGCGAUGCAUCAUUAUCCGACCAGGGAGGACAAUUUGCUGGUUUGCAACAGUUACGUAGACGCAAGUUACAUGAUCGCUUUCGCUUAUCCCAUCAUGUUGAUCGUCGUUUGCACCGUGUACGCCGUCCUCACGAGAAAGAUCCCGGAAGCUUUCAACGAGAGCAAACACAUCGGUUUCACGAUGUACACCACGUGCGUGAUAUGGCUGGCUUUUGUGCCCCUGUACUUCGGUACUGGAAACAACGUUGCAUUGAGAAUCACCUCGAUGUCAGUUACUAUAAGUCUAUCCGCGUCCGUAACUAUAGCUUGUCUGUUCAGCCCGAAGUUAUACAUCAUUUUAAUACGGCCAGAAAGAAACGUGCGUCAAAGCAUGAUGCCAACUAGAUAUAGCACCACGAAAAGUUCAGCAGUCACGGCUACUAAUGCUUCUAGCAUGAUAGCACCGGUUGCGCUCACCGCGGCUACGUGUGAUCAGAAUAAGGCUGUUAAAAAACACAUCACCACUACCAUUGAUUGCUCCACUCAAAGCGAAUACUACGAGCUAGAGGUAAAAGAUCAGAAAAAUGGCAAACCACCCUCGGUCGUUUCUCGAUCGACCCAAACCUCUGCCAACAACGACAAAGACACGAAUGCUGUGGUGACGCAGAGCAAAGAGGCGAGGGAUAAUAUCACGGCAACGAAGCAAUUGAACAAUAAAGCGAGAAUAGGAAACGGACCUAUAAAUCAGAGUGAUGUCCCAUUAUAGCAGCAAACUUCCAUAGAAUCGGCCAUUUUGCCCGCGACUUUGAAACCAAUUUCGAAAAAUCCGGUGAUAGUUUGAAAGGACGCAAAAAAAAAAAAAAAAAGAAAGAGAGAGAACUGAAACGAUAUUUUAUAAAUACGACUGAAUAUUAAGUUCGAGAUAUUAAAAAUUAAUAUUAAUUCUCUUUAAAGCUUUGGACGAUGUUUAGACUGAAUGAAAGAUGAAAUAUGUUGUUAAGUGAAUUACAAACGAUAUAUGGAAAUAUAUAUAUAUAUAUAAAAUAAAAUUGAUUUUUGGAGAAUGUGAAUGAGAAUAGAUGAUUAAGAGAGAUUUAAAAAAAAUAUGUAAAAAUUUGGAAGAAUUGAUUUUCUCGGUUAGCAUAAAUGUACGACGUUAUAAGGACGCUAGGUACACGAAAUUGCAUCAUAAAAGACGAAUAAUCGAUCUUAAUUAACUAUUAAGUGGCGUUUUAAAAACUGCUCUGGUUUCUUCUGUGAUCAUAGCGUAAUGCACGUAAUAAUCACGUGAGAUUGCAUAAACCUAUUUUGUAUAUACACUAUCAUUUCAUAACGUUUGCACAUUAAUCAUAAUUCACCGACUAAUAGAAUUAAUUGAAAAUAUUGUAAAUAUUUAGUCGAAUUCGUUAUGGAAAAAAAAAAAAAAGGGAAAAAAAAUAGGAAUUAUAUAUCCAAAAUCGUUGCCAAAUACGAGAAUAGGAUUACGUCUAUACGAGACGGGAUCUUCUAUAAUUAAUAAUUUUUAUAACAAAAAAAAAAAAUAAAAAGAGAGAAAAGAGGAAACAACGGUUGUUCGAUACAUCGAGAAAAUCACAUUUUUUUUCGAUUUUUCUGUAUAUAAAUUUUCUCCCUGUAAAUAUCACGCGAAAUAACAGACAAGAACAAGUGAAUAAGUUCAAAACAAAUUUCCAAAUAUACGAACUAAUAGACUUUUAGAUAAAUCUUUUCUCCUUCUUUUCGAUAUCUCCUCUGCAGACUAUAGGAAUUGCUACACGUAGAUUUAUAUGAUAUAAUAAAAGAAAAACGCAACAAUCGCGUCUCGAUCGAAAAUACGAAACGUUUUCACGAUCUAGUCGCUCUAAUUUUAAUAAUCGUUAACGUUAACCGCGCUUGAUCUUUGUACGGCGAUUAAAAAAAAACAAAUGAAAAUAAGAAGCGACGAAUAACAUUUCCGUUUUCGUAGAUGUAAAUAAACGCGAUGUUGAAGAAAAGGAAAAUUGUAAAUUCAUUUUCGUAGAAUCGUGCGAUAAACAUAUCCGAUCUAACCCGUAGUUCUUUUUUUCUAUAGCGAUAGUUUGCGCAAGAAUUGUCGAUCGCUUGGAAAAGAAAAAAAAAAAAAAAAA